UCUUCCGAUCUGGGGAAAUGCGCAUGUUGCGCGCAGCUCUGACGUUCUGAAACACGCGCCUCCUGACAGGAAAGACUUCUGGGAAACAUGGCGGGAGGUUCGAAAUGUUUAUACUUUGUUUUUUCGAAGGGACUUCAAAGCAAACAGUAAAUAAACCAGCAGAUUGUCCGGAUAAACGCUGUUUUAUAUACAUAUAUAAUGAACAGAGCUCGGAGGCAGUGUCCGCUUUCUGCUGCUGCUCUGCCGCAACCACCGAGUCCAGCGGUCGUCAGCGUGAAACCGAACCGACUGAGGAGGAGCUUCAGGCGUAGUCAGUCUGAGCCGAGAGCCGAGGCUCAACAGCCAGAGUUCAAGACACCAACCAGAAUCCCAAAAUCCAGACUUGGUGGUGGUUUCAACGGACAGUCUCCACACAAUGACUCUGACAUUCAGCACGACAUUAUCUGGGACGCUACGUCUCCUUCACCCAACAGACUGAGUAAAAAAGGCAAAAAAAUCUCUGCUGGAGUUGUGAACAUUUCAGAAAUCGUCAGCAGGAUCGCACCAAAGCACGGCAGACCGGAGGUUGCAGAGCCGACUUUGCAGCAGUGGAUUGGAGACAGCGCUGCCAUUCCCUGUACUCCAGACGUCCAGCUUCCCAAGCCCAAGAAAAAAACGCCCAGGCCGAAUGCAGUCGAUGAUCUGCUGAAGCUGGCCAAACAGUUUGACUUCACCAUGUUUCAGAAUGAUGAAAGCGACGCUGAGGACCUGCACCAGCAGAGUUUGGAGCUCCUGUCAGAGGACAUCCUGGACUUUCACAGUGGUGCUGAGAACGAGGAUCCAGCUGUGGUCCAUCCCCCUGCUGAUCUGCGUAUGGAGGACGAUUUGGACUUUCUGUUUGAUGGACCAACACAGCAUAUCAGUCGAAACUUAAGUCAGGCUUCAUCAGCGCAUCCUUCUCAGUUAAAACCUGAGGCUUCUGGGAAACUUCCUGUCCCUUCACAUAGUCACAUUUCAGUGGUUUCUAUGACCCGGCCCAAAGGCACUUCAGCAAACGCGUUUGAGGACGACUGGGAAAACGAUGAUUUGCUAAAUGACUCUUUAGUUUUCGAAAUGACACAAAAUCCACACAAGUUUCUCACUUCGAACCACUGUUCAACUCAGAAGACCUCCAGUGAAACCGGAUGGCGUGAGCACGCAGGAAGUGAUCCUGACUGCGGAAUUGUUGGACGUGGAGAACCUGCGGUCUCUGAAGCUGGAAAGGACAACUUAAGGCACACCGUCUCUGAGAAAACAGUCCCAGCAGACUCUUUGACAAGCUUGAAGUCUUGCAUGAAUACCAGCAGGAAAGCAGCAGAUAAAGGCCCCCAGCAGAUCACAUUUUCAUCUAACAAGGGUGUGACACCAGAGGCGGGGUCUAAAGUUAGGUGGCAGACAUGUCAAUCAAAGGCACUCAUAUCAGAUCCACCAGGAUCACAGUUUAUUCAGAAGACGUGCGUCAUGGGUUCAGGUAUAAACCGCGGCACGGCAGAGGGAACAACCAGUCAGACCUUUCCAAAGAAAACGUCUCUGUCAGUUUCAACCCCUAAACCCGCUGAACACCGUGAGACCCCGACUGUUUCUGUCAACAUCCAGAACAGCAUCUUCCUGGAUGAAGACCUGGACUCCUUCUUCUUAUCAGAACCCGCCUGGGAUGACCUGGACGAUGACGACCUGCUGUGUGAGGUGUCUGAAGACCUGGAGAACCAAAUCCAGAGUGUGGACAACAGUUCUACCACAUGUACGGUGGGUCCGACGUGUCACCAGAGGCUGGUUCUCCAACCAUCCAACUGGAACUAUCAAGCCCAAGGCAGACUGUUUCAACCAGCCAGUCAGCCACCAGCUUCUAUGCAGCCUUUUCCCAAAACACAAACUUCUGGAUCCCUCUACACUGGUUCAUGUAGACCGGCUGCUGCUUCAAGUUAUCCUUCAAACAUCAUCACAAAUCUACUGAUGAAUCAGGCAAAGAAUCCACCGGGAUGCACAAAUACAAAGGUCAUAACUCAAACCACAAACAGUUUGACCCAUUUGACAAGUCGGAGCAGGUCAGCUGCACCAACUUCACCAGGACACAGCGGGAAAUGUCCCAGUCGGUUUACCUUCAAGAAGCCACAUACCACAGAUUCUACAGCGACCAGCAAAGCUGGGGUUAAAUGUUCGGUGGCAGAAAUCGAGCUGAAGAAGCAGCAGGCCAUGGAGAGAAGACACCAGCGGCUGCAGGCCACCCAGAACCUCCGAGGUCCAACAUGAUGAAGAUGAAGAGUCCUCAAAGCCCAAAGAUGGAGAGCAAACAGAAGGAGGAGGAUUCAUCUCAGCUGGCUGGAGAGCGAAGGUGGAGAGCAGCUGCUGAUCUGAGGCCUGCAGGUCCAGCUGCUGUCCGUCAAAUGCAGAACACACCCAUCAGCUGUCUGCUAGCUUCAGUGUGGACACAAACGGCUAACACUAAUCCUGCAAAGACACUUUGUGUAAAUAUGUCGCUUUAUAAUGAAAACACACACAAACAGAUAAUGUUUUGGUGUUUGUAUCCUGAGAGUUCUCAGUUUAAAUCAAACUCUUUUUAUGUGUGUUUGUCUUGAAUGUAAAAUGACCAGAAUUCAGAUUAAAUGUUAAAAAUGAAUUUGAU